AUGGAUUCCCACCCGUCGCUGUCCCGGCCCUCGCCUUCAAAGCUACCACGGAUGAUCAACCAGCAUGGCGCAGACAGAGCAUCUUCCGCACCAGCACGUCGACUGUCAUCGCCCUUGAAGGAAGGCUUGCAAAUCCGACCUCGUUUGAACCAGUACUACACUCUGGAUCACGCCGUGGCGCUGUUCAAAUCGGCAAAGAACAUUGUCACGCUGACUGGCGCAGGCAUCUCGACUUCGCUUGGAGUUCCCGACUUCCGAUCCAAGAAUGGCGUCUACGAUCUGCUGAAAGACUCCAUUUACAACGACCCCCAAGAGCUCUUCCACAUUGACAACUUCAAAGCCGAUCCCGACGAGUUCUACAAACAAGCGGCAAAGGUCUUUCCUAGAAUGCAAGGCCUCGUCCCCGCCAAAGGACAUGUCGGCUCCACCAAGUCUGCGGACGCGCCAUUGGUUCCCUUGGUUCCCAAGUACAGUCCAACUCACGCUUUCAUCGCCAUGCUCCAGUCCAAAGGUAAAUUGUUGACUAACUACACACAAAACAUCGAUGGACUGGAGGCUGCGGCUGGCGUGACCCCCGACAAGCUGAUCCAAGUGCAUGGCACGCUGGCCACUGCGAGCUGCAUGACCUGCGGCAAGAGAACGACGGCCAGGAAAUACAUGCCUGUGGUUCGAGCAGGUGGUAUCCCUUUUUGCAAGUGCUCCUUGGUCGACGAACCUGGAGACACCAAACGCGACGAGAGCGACAAGACCACGAAGAAGAAGCGCAAGAGACACGAGUUUGAGGAUUCUUCUGACUCCGAAGGCGAAGUGGGCACCGAGAUCUUCCCCAAGGGCCUGCUGAAGCCGGACAUGACCUUCUUCGGCGAGCACAUUUCCUACUCGUACGGCCCACGACUGGAGAUGGACAAAGGAAAGGUCGACUUGCUCGUUAUUAUCGGCACGUCGCUCAAAGUCGCCCCGGUCAACGACUUGCUUCUCGCCAUUCCGCCCACUGUGCCGCAGAUCUGGAUCAGCAAGGACCGCUGUCAACGACAGGGUGUCAAGGUCGACAUUGAAUUGUUGGGCGAGUGUGAUCUCGUGCUUGAAGAGAUUGCUCGUCGGGCAGGGUGGACUGCGGCCUUGGAGCGGAAGCUGUGGGAUAACCAGAAGAGUUCAUGUGUCAAGGAGCCGCCGCAGAAAGUGAAGAAAGUGGCACCUCGUCCGGAGCAGGACAAGAUCUCUCCCGUCAAACCAGAAGAAGGUCUCCAGAUUCGUUGCAAGACUGAGGCUGUUGGCGACAAAGCUCUCGAUAGCGACAAGAUCAAAUCCGCACCUGACGGUGGUGAGAAGAGCCAACUCCCUGCAGGGUUGAACGAGAAGCCAGUCGACGACAAAGGAAAAGAUUCGAAGCUUGCUCCCAACGGCGAAGGCACAGGACCUUUGAAGCAUGACAUCAACGGUACUGGCGCAAAGAUGCAGACUGCAAACGCUACCAGCAACGGCGCAGGCUCCAAGCUCUCGAAGCCCAAGCCGAACACCAACGACGCGAACGGCAAACCAACCCCUCUCCCUCCGUCCAAAGUCACAGUCGAGCUCGAAGAAGGAACCCGUUCGAGAUGGUACAUCCGCCGUGCAAAAUGA